AUGCGCACGUCAACGUUAGUUGCAUUUAUAAUCUUCGUAGCUGCUUGUAGACUGGGACAUGCCUAUGAUCUCAAUGCAGAUUUAGCUCGUGGAUUGGUUGGAAAUCUUUCCACACAACAUCGCCCGCUACGUGGGGACAGUUCAUAUUUUAGUGACUUUCCUGAAGAUUGUGCAGAAAUCUACUUGAAAGAACAAAGUUUACAUAAUAUUCCACCUCCCACUGGUAUUUAUGAAAUUUGGCCGAGACAAGGAAAACCGAUUAAAGUUCUGUGCGAUAUGGACACUGAUGAUGGUGGAUGGACUGUAUUCCAAAAGCGAGGCGAUUACACUCCUCAACUAGAUUUCUAUCGAACAUGGCUCGAAUAUAAAAGAGGCUUCGGUGACUUACAACGGCAGUUUUGGCUAGGCAAUGAUCGUUUAUCGAUUUUGACCAAUCAAGAUUCGUAUCGAUUACGAGUCGAUCUCGAAGACUUUGAGGCACAGAAACGGUUUGCAGAGUACAGCUCUUUUCAAGUAUCGAACGAAGCUGACAAAUAUCGAUUGAUGUUUGGAUCUUAUUUGAAGGGCGACGCAGGAGAUUCGUUAAGCCAACACAAUAACAUGCAGUUUUCAACGAAGGAUCACGAUAAUGACGCAGUUUUCGGGUCAUGUGCACAACGCCAUAAUGGAGCCUGGUGGUAUAAUGCUUGUCAUGACUCUAAUCUGAAUGGUGGAUAUUUGCGUGGAAAUCAUCCGAUACUAUUUGCUGCAGGUGUCAAUUGGUAUACUUUUAGGGGUGAAAACUAUUCGUUGAAAACUACAGAAAUGAAAAUACGACCUGUUUGGUUCAAACCUUAA